AGGAGUUCUUUUGUCUCUAAUGGCCAGUGGUCAAGCGCAUGCUCAAUACAAAAUCUCUGCCUGUUCAAAAGGACAGUUAAUAGUGCAUACGAGGAUUGAUUAUCUUUUUAAAAAUCUUCUUUUUUUUUACAAAUUCAGACAUGAAAGUACAAGUGAUCAUAUCCGUCACCGUUGUAUUUUCACUGAUCUACCUUGCAUUGAAUGACGUGUCACUUGGUAGGAAUAUUAAGUCACUUUCCUCAGAAGGUUCCAGGUUGCAUGAUGGAUUGAGUCGUGUGCACAUUGUAACACAGUACACGAUAUUCAAAAAUCCAAAGAAGCUGAAAAUCAUUGCACGGAGACAAAAAGAAAUGCUGGAGGCCUUACAGAACAACCUACAUCACCCACAUGUCGCAAAAAUUCAUGUGUUAUGCAAAGACGACAGUGAGAUGCAAUACAUUUUGCAUUCUAAGCUUGGCAAUAGCGACAAACUGCUCUUUCAUCACAUUGGUCGCGAUCUUUGCUUCUCCGACGUCUUUCGGUAUAUCAGUGAAAAUCUUCUGGGAGAAGCAGCGAUGCAACUAAAUAUAGACUGUUUCUUAGAGCAAGGUUGGCACCGAUUGAACAUCACACUUCUACAAGACAAGACGAUGUAUGCCCUAACAAGACACGAGACGGACUACAGCAUUAAGCACUGCAACGCCAAAGAAUUUUGCCCUAACGAUAGACUCGCCAACCAAGGAAGCCAUGACGCAUUUAUGGUUAAUCUUAUCUCUCCUCUUCCGGAGGCGAUGCUCAAACAAAUGGAAAUACUGAAGCUGCCCUAUCUCGGAAUAGAGCAAGCACUAAUUUCUCUGUUUCGCAAAUAUGGGUUCAAGGUGAAGAAUCCUUGCCGUAUUUUGCGCAUUUUUCAUCAUCACUGCAGUAAAUAUAGAAACAUCAAGCAGAAGUACAUAAAUGGGACGAGAAUAGACCGAUUUCUUGGCAUUAAUGGGAGUCUUGGGAAAGUUUACAAUACAGGUCUUUGAUGUUCACCGAAAAGAAGUGAUAGGGUAAGGCAAAUAAACUAAUAUCGUCGGAAAGAAAAACACAGAAGUCGAAAUAGCGAUUCGAGAGGCCAAAGCCUCGUCUCAACCUCGCUGGCCACUAAAAAGAGAGACGUUCGAGGUUCUGGGUAAAGGCGGUGGGCGAAGCAUUGAAAUUUUGAGGCGAAAAUGUGUUUUUGACAGUAGCGGAUUUACGGAGUUGGGGUAGCCAAAUGUAAACGAGAAAAACACCAUUUGGUUCUCAGAUUCUAAAUAAACAAAAAAUAAAAACACCAAAUUGCAA